UGUGUACCCUGCUCCCAACGGGGCGCGCUACCCCUACGGCUCCAUGCUGCCCCCCGGCGGCUUCCCCGCGGCUGUGUGCCCACCUGGCCGGGCGCAGUUCGGCCCGGGAGCCGGCGCCAGUAGUGGCGCGGGCGGCGGCGGCGGCGGGGCGGGCGGCCCCGGCGCCUAUCAGUACAGCCAGGGGGCUCCGCUCUACGGGCCGUACCCUGGGGCGGCAGCCGCGGGUUCCUGCGGAGGACUGGGGUUGGGGGUUCCUGGUUCCGGCUUCCGUGCCCACGUCUACCUGUGCAACCGGCCUCUGUGGCUCAAAUUCCACCGCCACCAAACCGAGAUGAUCAUUACGAAACAGGGCAGGCGCAUGUUUCCUUUCUUGAGCUUCAACAUAAACGGACUCAAUCCCACUGCCCAUUACAACGUGUUUGUAGAGGUGGUGCUGGCGGACCCCAAUCACUGGCGAUUCCAGGGGGGCAAGUGGGUGACCUGCGGCAAAGCGGACAAUAACAUGCAGGGCAACAAAAUGUAUGUUCACCCAGAGUCUCCUAAUACUGGUUCCCACUGGAUGAGACAGGAGAUUUCUUUUGGGAAGUUAAAACUCACCAAUAACAAAGGCGCAAAUAACAACAAUACCCAGAUGAUAGUCUUACAGUCUUUACACAAGUACCAACCCCGGCUGCACAUUGUUGAAGUUACAGAGGAUGGCGUGGAGGACUUGAAUGAGCCCUCAAAGACUCAGACCUUUACCUUCUCGGAAACACAGUUCAUUGCAGUGACUGCCUACCAAAACACUGACAUAACUCAACUAAAGAUCGAUCAUAACCCCUUUGCAAAAGGCUUCAGGGACAACUAUGAUUCCAUGUACACCGCUUCAGAAAAUGACAGGUUAACUCCAUCUCCCACGGAUUCUCCUAGAUCCCAUCAGAUUGUCCCUGGAGGUCGGUACGGCGUUCAGUCCUUCUUCCCGGAGCCCUUUGUCAACACGUUACCUCAAGCCCGAUAUUAUAAUGGCGAGAGAACCGUGCCACAGACCAACGGGCUCCUUUCACCCCAACAGAGCGAAGAGGUGGCCAACCCUCCCCAGCGGUGGCUUGUCACGCCUGUCCAGCAACCUGGGACCAACAAACUAGACAUCGGUUCCUAUGAGUCUGAAUACACUUCCAGCACCUUGCUCCCGUACGGUAUUAAAUCCUUGCCCCUCCAGACAUCCCAUGCCCUGGGGUACUACCCUGACCCAACCUUCCCUGCCGUGGCAGGGUGGGGAGGUCGAGGUUCUUAUCAGAGGAAGAUGGCCGCUGGACUCCCAUGGACCUCCAGAACAAGUCCCCCUGUGUUCUCUGAAGAUCAGCUCUCCAAGGAGAAAGUCAAAGAAGAAAUUAGUUCUUCUUGGAUAGAGACGCCUCCUUCCAUCAAGUCUCUCGAUUCCAACGAUUCCGGGGUAUACACCAGUGCUUGUAAGCGAAGGCGGCUGUCUCCCAGCACCUCUAGUAAUGAAAAUUCUCCCUCCAUAAAGUGUGAGGACAUUAAUGCCGAAGAGUACAGUAAAGACACCUCAAAAGGCAUGGGGGGUUAUUACGCUUUUUACACAACCCCCUAAAGCGUUAUCUAAACUUCGUAAACAUGAGCUAACUUUUUGCAGAUGGACUUGGUGGUGUUUUUUGUUGUCUUCUUUGCCUAGGUUUGCCAAAAAGACAUUUGCGUUCCACCGCGAUGCAUUCUGUUUUGUGCAAUCCUCUAAAAGAAGGUGCCAAAGCUUUUUGAUUGCUGCAGGUAACUGAAACAAGCCUGGCAAUUUUUUUUUAAAUAAAAUUAACGAAGGACUUUAAAGUGUUUUAAAAUUCCAAGGUUAUCUGAGGUUCUGGACUUAUUUAUUGGAGGCACUAGCCAUUCAGAGAAUUGGGCUGUGAAGACUGAGUGCUGGGCACAAUCUGAUGAGUUGCCAGCUCAUUCCUCUUUGUAAAUCUGUACGCAAAGAGAAUCCCAGAGUGAUAAGAUGUUCUGCUUCUGGAAGAAAAUGGCUGGGCCUUAAGCUUCAACGGGGGACCUUUUGCUGUUACGUUCUGCUGGGGACAAAAGAUGCUAGGCCUGGGAGGUGAGAAAAACUUCAGUGAAGGUGCCGGUUUUACCCAACUUGGAUUCCUCCUGGGCUUUGGAAACAAGCCAUGUUUGCCCUUAGUUCAGGAUUGCCUCACUUGCCAGGCCUCUGCUGUGUGCCCGGGUGGCCAGUAGGACUCAGGAGUCGCCAGGCUAGAGGGAGUCGCCACAAAGGAAAAAAAAGAGAAUUUAAAAGUGUACAGUUUUGUGUGUGCUUAGAUACACCGUAGAAUAACGUGGGAUACAUUGUACAAAUAGUCUACAUACGUGUCUGAGAUUAUGUAAAAUUGGUGCUUUGGCUUUGUAAAGAAUUUCCAGAUCACCUGACAACAGUUGCAGGAGCAGGAGGAUUGGCUCUCUCUUCAUGCCUGACAUUUGGGAAUAUUCUGUUUACUUCUUAGAUAGUUAAGAAUGUAUUCAGCCACUCUGUACUAACUUGAAACGUGUUUAAGGAAAACUAUUUCACCCUCUUGCCAUCCCCACUACCCAACUCCGUAACGUGAAGAAGCUAAAACCCGACGCCACAGCUCCUAUAGGCUUUUUAGAGAUCUUGGAUUUUUAUGUACAGUCUUAGUCAUUUUUAAUAAAUGUGGUUCAUUAAGGGAACAGGCAUA